CCUUCCUAAAGCUUUCAUCCUCAUGUAAAGGCAGAGGACAUGGCUAAAGUAUAAAUUGAGUAUUUUGCACCUGUCUUUACAGAAUAAGUUGAUGUGAAUAAUACAUUAGGAGCAGAUGGAAGUAAUGGAUAGAAUAGUAAUUGAUGGAGAAGGUUUACAAAGAAUUAGCCUGACUGAAGGUUAGUGAGUCACAUGAUCCAGAUGGAAUGCACAAGCAGUUGUUUAAAGAAGCAAAGGAGAAGAGGCUUGAUCAAGGCAGUGUCAAGGAUGUGUGUAUACGGACUUUUGGAAAGCAUUUCACAAAGUGUUGCACAGGAAGCAUGUUAAGAUGGAAACCUGUAGACUUGAGGGGAAAUUGGAGGUGUGGACAUGAAAUUGGAUCAGUGACAGGAAGAAAAGGAAUGAAAUGAACUGGGAGGUGGUUUGCGGUUGUGCUCCCCUAAGGGGUGAUCAGUUUUGGUCCCCUACUCAUUUCCAAUUUCUCUAAAUAGCUUAGACUGAAGUAUAGGGAACAGCAUUUUAAUGUUUGCAGAUGGUUUGAAACCUGGUAGAGUGGAUAGUGAUGAGGAUAGUUAUAGGCUUGAGGAUGACAUAGACUCUAUGGUAAAAUGGGCAGAAGCAUGGCAGAUGUAAUUGAAUGUGGAUGUGUUGUAUGAUCCUAGACCAGACCCCCAAGCUUUUGGUAAGCUCUGGUUAGGGACCAAUAAUGUUCUGUUUUAAAGUAAACAAAAUUUGAUAUUCAAGACACUUGCAAAGAGAAUAAAUCCACAAGAUCCCAUGGAUUUUGAACAAACAAGAAUAAAUGUUACUACGCAAGGAAAAAGACUUGGGGAGUGGACUAAUUGGAUUGCCCUUUGAAAGAAUUGGCACAGCAUUGAUGGACUGAAUGGAGUGCUGCUGUGCUGUACUAUGCUAUGAUAAUGUCUGAAGCCCUGAAGUUGCAAUUUUUAAUUCACUCCCAACUAUUAAAAUAUGUUUUCCAGUUUUGGUGCCUUGGAAUUGAUUUAAAAGCAAAAUUAUAAGGGACUCUUUUGAAAUCUGGAUCAAUAACUAUCAUAGUGAUAUUCAAAAUGAUAGGCAAAUUAAAACAGAACUUACUAUUAGCAUGUUUAGUGAUCAGCUCACUAACUGUGUUUUAUCUUGGCCGUUACGCAAUAGAAUGCCACCAUAGAGUAGAAGAGCAAACCCAGCAGCAUCCAAACGUUCUAGAUAGUGGCAGAUCAUUAAGUCACGUUUCGAAACCUGGAUUCAAAAACAGUUCAAGUAGACUGGUUUACAACAAAGACAUGCCAUUAAUAUUUAUUGGAGGAGUACCAAGAAGUGGCACCACACUCAUGAGAGCCAUGCUCGAUGCCCAUCCUGAUGUUCGCUGUGGGGAAGAAACCCGGGUUAUUCCUAGAAUCCUUGCAAUGAAGCAAAUGUGGAGCAGAUCUGGCCGAGAAAAACAACGAUUGGAUGAAGCUGGUGUUACAGAUGAAGUGCUGGACUCAGCCAUGCAAGCCUUUUUAUUAGAAAUUAUUGUUAAACAUGGAGAACCUGCUACUUACUUAUGCAAUAAAGAUCCAUUUGCUCUCAAAUCAUUGACUUACUUAAGUAAAAUUUUUCCCAAUGCCAAAUUCAUUCUAAUGAUACGGGAUGGGCGUGCUUCAGUACAUUCUAUGAUUACUCGGAAAGUUACCAUAGCAGGAUUUGACCUCAGCAGUUACAGAGACUGCCUGACCAAAUGGAACCGUGCCAUUGAGACCAUGUAUAACCAGUGUUUGGAAACUGGAUUUAAUAAGUGUUUACCAGUGCAUUAUGAACAACUUGUUUUGCAUCCUGAAACUUGGAUGAAGAAUGUUCUGAAGUUCCUAGGUGUUCCUUGGAAUACAGCAGUAUUGCAUCAUGAAGAAAUGAUAGGGAAAGCAGGAGGUGUUUCUCUUUCUAAGGUUGAACGGUCUACUGAUCAAGUCAUCAAACCAGUCAACGUUGAAGCCUUGUCAAAAUGGGUGGGAAAAAUUCCUCAUGAGGUAGUUCGUGAAAUGCCAGUGAUUGCUCCUAUGUUAGCAAAGCUUGGAUAUGAUCCAUAUGCAAAUCCACCCAAUUACGGAAAACCAGAUCCAGCAGUUAUUGAAAACACUAAAAGGGUGCUAUUUCAAUCUGAAAAUGCAGUUGUGAACUCUUUGAGCUUGGCCAAUCAUUCUCAACAGGAAAGACUCGUUCUACUGCAGAUGGAAUUCAGAAAGGGAAGUCUAGGAAAGGAAGAGUCAAAGAUGUUCCACAAAAAGAUGAGAUCAUAACAUGAGGAUGGACAAGGUGUCAUCUUUUCUGAUUCUCAGAAAAGCAGAUUGAUUCCUCAGAAGAUAUGUCCAGAUCAGGGGCACAGAUCUCAUUUUCCUACCGAUCUUGUACUUAGCCAUUGUCAUAAUUACAUUAAUUUGGAAUAAAGCACUUUUUAUUAUUUUAUUCGCUGCCUCCUGCUGUAGGUCAAACCUUUUAAUGUUUAAAUGCAAAUAUACAAUGUGAGGAGGGCAUGUAACCAUUGUGGAUGGCAGCAAUGUUAGAAUAUUGCCAUAGAGAUUACAAAAGUAUCAACAAAUGAAGAGUAAAUAUGUAUAAUGUCCUCUUGAGUUUUAUUCAUGACAAAAAGAUCACCAUGGACAAACAAUAUUUAAAAUGGUUACAUUUUUAUGACUGAAGAUCUGUAACUAAUCUGGAGAGAGUUUGAAUAAAACAUGAACCCUGUUUUCCUAAAUGCUUUGGAACCAUAAUAGAGUUCAUGGAAUUAAAUGUGGUUAAAAGUCUAGUAUUUUUGCCUAUGUAUUUCCAUGUAAAAUAUGUAAUUAGUACUGGGGCAUGAACAACUGCACAAUAUGGUUCAUGUAUAUAAUUCUUGAUUUAUUUGUAUAGCAGCAUACAAAAAAUUGUUUUUGGUAUUUUGGAGUAAAAUUUUCAUUAAAAUGAAUUUGAAUAU